UCUCAGUCUCUCAGGCACACUGUGUCUCAGUGAAGGAGAUUCACCGUAACCAGCUGUGGCUUGUUGUGAUUCUCACCUCCGUCACUCUCUGCUCCCCGUAAGGAAACGUUCAUUUUUCUCCUCAUCAUUUCAUUGAUGUUUUUUUUUCUCUUCCUCUAAAUUCAAUUUCUCCGGUGGCAUUUUAAAGCUGUCAACCAGACCUGUGGAAGGUACUCUCAAGAGGCACCGAGAAACAGAGAGCGUAGGAUAAGUUUUACUCCAGCUCAAAAGACACCUUUCUUUUUUUUCAGAUCUCGUUCACCUUUUGAUUGACAGACUUUUUACUAUGGUAAACUAAAGACAGUGGUAUUAUAGCACAUGAUUUUUUUAAACCUAAACUCAAGAUACAGGAUUUUUUUAUUUAUCUCAAUUCAAAUGCAGAGAAUCACCAGAUUUCCUGAAGAUUCUGUGUGGACUUUAAUGGCUCUAGACAUACCUGCAGUAUGUGUGAAAUUUGGGGAACCAGAGUGAGCUAGGUGAUGGUUCAACGGGAAAACGGAGCUAGAUGCUAAAUUUUUCUGUUCAGGCUGCCAGUCUGUUUGCGGCUUACAAUCAAGCGAUGACCACUGUAUCCAUGAAACCCCUGCUGGUCCUGGUGGAGCGGAUCCCCAACGCCACCGACCCGCCUUUUGACUCUGCCCCUUCCUCUCCCGAAAACACAGCCGCCACCUUCACCAUAGGCUGCAUACUCUCCCUCAUGUGUCUGGUUGGCGUUUCCGGAAACAUCUACACCCUCGUGGUCAUGUGUCACUCCAUGCGUUCCGCAGCGUCCAUGUAUAUUUACAUCAUCAACCUAGCCUUGGCGGAUUUGCUCUAUCUGUUGACCAUCCCGUUCGUUGUCUGCACGUACUUCCUGAAAGGUUGGUAUUUUGGCGAUGCUGGGUGCAGGAUUCUGAUCAGUAUGGAUUUCCUGACGAUGCAUGCCAGCAUUUUUACGCUGACCAUCAUGAGCACGGAGAGGUACUUUGCCGUGCUGAAACCGCUGGACACAGUCAAACGGUCCAAGAGCUACCGCAAAGCCAUUGCGGUGCUUGUAUGGGUGGCUUCCCUGGUUCUUACUUUACCCAUGAUCCUCAGGAUUCAGAUGAUGAUGGUAGGUAGCAAGGCCAUGUGCCAGCCGACCAUCUCUCCGCUGUCCUAUAAGGUGUAUAUCACUUUCCUGUUCUGUACCAGCAUCGUGGCUCCGGGAAUGAUCAUCGGCUUUCUAUACAUCGGUCUGGCUCGCACCUACUGGAUCUCUCAGACAGAAACCUUCAAACAAACCAAGAAACUACCAAACCAGAAGGUCCUCUACCUGAUCUUUACCAUCGUCCUGCUGUUCUGGGCCUGUUUCCUGCCCUUCUGGAUCUGGCAGCUCCUGGGUCAGUUCCACCCCUCCAUCGACCUCUCCACCAAGGCCAAGCGCAACAUCAACUAUCUGACCACCUGCCUCACCUACUCCAACAGCUGCAUCAACCCUUUCCUCUACACGCUGCUCACCAAGAACUACAAGGAGUACCUGCGGAAGCGCCAACGUACCUGCACCGCGGGCAGCUACUUCAACCGGAGGAACCGGUUCCAGCGCUCGCCCAGGAGGUCGCUGUCGUCUAGCAGCCAGCAGUGCACGGAGAGUUUCGUGCUCACACACACGCCGUCACAACGCACCAUGCACAACAACAGCCUGUGAGGUUCAGAGGGGACAGGAGGGAAAAGGAGAACGAGAAAGGAGUGGACAUAGCAGAUCCUACUGCUUAAACUCGUCAUCAUGGAACUAGAAAGAGGAAGACGAUGCGGUGAAGGAGGGGGAUAAGGAGGGAAGGAAGAAAGUGCAGUGCACUCAGCAGACCUCACUCGUUCUUUUAUCGGAAGAGGCAAGAUGAAUCUGGAUGCUUCUUGGACUAAUGUAAAGCGAUAACAAUCUUAAUUUACCCUCCAAACCAGCCUCCCCUGAGCGACGGCAGUGACUUCAACACACACAGGAACCAUAGAGCUGGCAGCUCUUGGCCAAGAUUCAAUUCAGAACAAAAAAAGUGUAGGCCAUAUAGAAAUAAUGACACUAAUUGAAAAUCAUUAAACAAAAUAAUACGUUUUAAUCAGCCUAAUCAAGGUGUAGAUUACAUCACACAUUCCGGUGUUUGAACUUGUAAAACAGCUGCACAGGAUUUCUACUCCCUGUGAUAAUUAUAUCGCUGGGAGCCGCUUGUGGAUUUGACAGCUCCAAACCAGUUACACCGCUUAAACAAAAAGCAAUGAUAAGUUAUGUGUUUGUGGUUCACCACGGGUUACUGCUGAUCUGAUUUGAAUAUUGUCCCUUGUUUCUUUACUCUUGUUUAUAAAACACACUAAGUUCUCAGUAUCCUGUUUAGGUUGUGUGUGUCACGCACCGACUUCCUGUGGAUGACUGUUUCAGACAGACAUUUUGGGAAGUGUCAGACAUUCUCACUUUCCAUUGAUCCCUUGCGGCGCUUCAUCAGAAACCCUGUUCAAUCUGUCACAUAAUUUGAAAACUUUAGGCCACAAGUGUUUAAGUCCAUUUCUAUGUAGUGUUGGGAUUUCCUGCUCUUUUGAGUUCACAUAAUUUUUUUUAAAUUCAGUCAUUCAUAGAACAAAACGAGGACAAUAUUCUAUAUCGAAGUUGAUUCAGUUUCAAUGACAUCCUGUUUUUCUUCUGUGCACGGUUGUACAUGUUUCAUGUUGAGGGAGACAAUGAAAUUCAUAUUUUCUGCUUUUGUUCUGUUCAACCAGAAAAGUUUUAACAAUGUUGUGUGUGUGUGUGUGUGUGUGUGUGUGUGUGUGUGUGUGUGUGUGUGUGUGUGUGUGUGUGUGUGUGUGUGUGUG